GAAGUACACAACACAACUACAGGUAACCUGCAGCCAUGGAGGAUGGCCGGGAAAGUGGUUUGGGGACCGGAACCGACGAAGCAGGGUCCAGCCUGGGUCGCCAUAGCCCAUCUCUCUUUCUCCAGCUACCAAGCAACCAGACACUGCGUUUCCGUGGCAACAAGGCAGAGGCCUGGGGAGCAGCUUUAGAGGGGGGAAUAGAGUCCUCGGUGGUUCCCCAGGACUGUGUGGUGGGAGAGGAGGAGGAGGAAGACCAAAGACCUCUGAAAGAGCUGCCCCUCUGUCUUGAGGAAAAACGGAGGCUCAGGUUUCUGCAGGAGCAGGCAGCCAGCAGGCUCAGCGGUUGGCGGCUCUGGCGUGUGGAAAAACAACGGACAUUACGGCAUCUUAGGAGCCAAGCAGGCACAGUGAUGUCAUAUGUAGUGAUGUGGAAGAGCACGCUGCGCCACAUUGAAGGCCACUUUGGAACAGGGAUCCAGUCAUACUUCAACUUUCUGCGAUUCUUGGUCCUGAUGAACUUUGUUGCCUCUUUGCUGGUGGUGGGAUUUGUGAUCGCUCCCAAUGCAGCAUUCGAGGCCCUCCACCUCAAUUGGACAGGUCGACCAAACAACGUCUCGGCAAAUGCCUCUUGUGUGCAUUAUGACCCCUCUGCCCACGGCUUGGUCAGCUACUUUUCCUACAUCAUGGAUCUUCUGUCUGGCAAGGGUUUUAUGGAACUCACCUACCUAUUCUAUGGCUACUAUCAAAAUUCAGCUGUCGAUUUUGCCAGUUUCUCGUACAAUGUCCCUCUUGCAUAUCUGCUCACAGCAUUCUUCUACCUCCUCUUCUGUCUGAUAUGGAUUGUACAGAGGUCAGUCUAUUGUCUCAAACACAGCUUGGUUAGUGAAGAUGCUUCCCUUGGAUCCUACAGCAACAAAGUCUUUGCUGGCUGGGAUUUCGGUCUGAUGCAGCACAGUGCGGUGCAGUUAAAACACAAGAGUAUUCGCUACGAGCUGCGGAUGGAUCUGGAGGAGGAGGCACUCCGGAGGCGCCUGGCAGAGAGGACCACAAGGCAACGAGCCACUCUCUACAUCCUCCGAGGCUUGCUCAACCUUCUGGUUUUAAGCCUCUUGGGUGGAGGCUUUUUCUGCAUCUACCUGGCGACGAGCUAUUCCCAGUGGCUUCUGGGAUCGGCAGACUCCCCGGUCAAAGGUCAAUACAUCUUGGAGCUGCUGGUGGCUUAUCUCCCAUCUAUUGUUAUCACAGUUGCUAACCUCCUUAUCCCAAUUAUUUUUGGGGUCAUCGUGCAACUAGAGAAAUAUCCACUCAGCUUUGAAAUCAAAAUCACUCUUCUCAGGAAUGUCUUCCUCCGUCUUGCCAGCUUGGUGGUUCUUCUUAUCUCACUUUGGUCUCAGAUUACUUGUAGUGGGGACCCAAAAGAUUCCAAUUGCAAGGACUGUGGAUACAGCCAUCUAUUCCCGUGCUGGGAGACUUCAGUGGGGCAGGAAAUGUACAAGCUGUUGAUCUUCGACCUGCUGAUCAUGUUGCUCGUGAUGUUAUUUGUGGAGUUUCCAAGGAAGAUAUUGGUGACAUAUUUGCCCUCCUGCCCAUUACUUAAAUUAUGGGGCCAGCAAGAGUUCAUGGUGCCCUCCAAUGUCCUGGAUCUGGUGUAUGGACAGACCGUGUGCUGGACAGGCGCUCUCUUCUGUCCCCUGCUGCCUGUACUCAACACUCUCAAAUACAUUAUGAUCUUCUACCUGAAAAAGCUAACCCUCUAUGCCAACUGCCGGCCAGCUGAACGGACAUUUCGAGCAUCCAGCUCCAAUUUCUUUUUCCUGUUGGUUUUGCUGAUGGGUCUGACUAUUUCUUGUGUUCCUGCCCUAUACAGCAUGUUUGUUUUGCCCCCUUCAAAAUCUUGUGGCCCAUUUCGAGGUGAGCCCACCAUGUGGAACACAGUUUCCAAUGCCAUUUCUGAGUUGCCCCUCACGGCCCAAGAAUUCCUGGAGUUUGUAGGCUCUUUGGCUUUUGCAGUGCCCUUGUUCCUGUUGCUGAGCAUCCUCAUGUUCUACCUCAUGGCUCUCGCUGGUUCCUACAGCUCCAUGGUCAAAGGUCUGAAAGGGCAGCUCCGACUGGAGGGUCAGGACAAGCUUUUCUUAGUAAAGCAGAUCUCCGAGUUGAGCCAAUGACACAGAAGAAUGUAUGCCAAGACUGUUGGAUCAGAAACUGUUGGAUGCCAUUGGUUUUUAUUAUAUCAAUUCUGCCAACUUGUACCCUCCAGUUCUACUUCUAGAUGCUACGGCCUCUUGUUCUUCUUCAGUUCUCUCCAAACAGUUCUCCGUCCACUUAAAACUGCUCCACAAUAAUGUAUUUUUAAUGCCUUCUCAUAAGGAAGAGUAAUUGUUAGACUCAGAACUGAUACGGUUGGCUCUGGGCAUGGCAUCUCUAUUAAGGGUUAAAGAAAUUUAAAAUGAGCUGCAAUGCAAACUUUUGAAAUUCUGAUUUCAAAUAUUAUGAAAUUUCAGGAUUAUAGGGAGAAUUUGAAUUUUCAUAAAAGAAUAUUAAAAUUUUGUGGAUAAAAAGUCAAACCUUGGUAUUAAGAACAUUUGAAUACAUUCGGGUUUUUUUUGAAACACAUGCAGACGUUGUUACAUGUACUGUGAAUUAUACAGGUGAGUAGCCAUGGUGGUCUGCAACAGAACAAGAUUAGGGUCCAGUAGGUCGUUAAUGAUCAACAAGAUUAGCUUUCAAGAGUCAAAUCUUUCUGAUGAAGGGAGCUUUAACUCUAGAAAGCUUAUACUCCGAAAAUCUCGUUGGUCCUUAGGACUCAAAUCUUGCUGUGAAUAACAUUUGUCAAAAUGUGACCCUUUAGAUUUCUGUAAAAAUUUCAAGUGUAAAAUUCUCUGGGAAUUAUUUCAAAGUAGAGAAAAAGUCAAUCUGGUGUAGACCCAGAUUCAAACCAUCAUGGGUGACCUUAGCUAGUCAUUUUCUCUCAGCCUAUCCUACCUAACAGGCUUGUUGUGAGGAUAAAAUGGAGAAUGCUGUCAUAAACUCUUUGAAGGAAGGGUGGGAAUAAAGUUCCCUAAUAAAAUUAAAAGAUGUGUAGGAUUGGGACGUUAUGGUGGCGUGUGUGUGCGCGCAUGUGCGCCACUGCAAACUAUUUCUCAGCUGCUUGGGCCCCUGUAUGUAAUAUGGGGACAACACUACCAGGCUACCUUGCAGGGUUGUUGUAAGACUCACUUUGAACUACUGUAGACAAAAAUAAAAUAUUAUUUAUAUGUUACUAGUAAUACUAA